AUGGUCCUUGGCUGGCCGUUGCUUCUGGUGUUGGUUCUUUGCCCAGGUGGGACAGGCAUCAAGGACUGCAUCUUCUGUGAGUUGACUGACUCCACUAAGUGCCCGGGCAUACAAAUGCGCUGUGGGGACGACGAGGAUUGCUUCACAGGACACGGAGUAGCCCAGGGUGUGGGGCCCAUCAUCAACAAAGGCUGCAUACACUCCAUCAGCUGUGGCCGCGAGGAACCCGUCAGCUACAUGGGCCAUACGUACAGUCUUACUACCAGCUGCUGCUCCGGCCCCCUUUGCAAUAGGGGUGCUGGCCUUGCCACAGGGGCUACCAGCCUGGCACUGGGUCUGCAGCUGCUUCUGGGCCUGUUGCUGCCGCCUCAAUACUGGCUAUGACCCGCAGGAACUGCAGGGCCUGGGGCUGUGCCCCGUGCCCCGACCUCUACCCUUUCCCCCCAUUAAACGGCCAGAGGUGCAGUCUAUCUCCUGUGGCCCUGGCUUCCUCCGUUCCAGGGCCCACGGGAGCCAGGCUGGUAAAGCCCCAGACGUGCCUUCGUGUGGGGUGCGGCCUGUGAUUCUCACUGGUCUGCUGUGCCCUGUUGGUCCUAAGACAC